GACAAAACGACGGCUUGAACUAAGCUGUGCGCGUGGGUAGGUGGGUAAGUGGGUAGGUGGGUAGUUGGGUAUGUGGGUUGGUGGGUAGGUGAGUAGGUGGGUAAGUGAGUAGAUGGAUAGGUGGUUAGGUGGGUAGGUGAGUAGGUGGGUAUGUGAGUAGGUGGGUAGGUGAGUAGGUGGGUAGGUGAGUAGGUGGGUAGGUGAGUAGGUGGGUAAGUGAGUAGAUGGAUAUGUGGUUAGGUGAGUAGGUGAGUAGGUGGGUACGUGAGUAGGUGGGUAGGUGAGUAGGUGGGUAAUUUUGUAUGUGGGUAGGUGGGUAAGAGAGUAGGUGGGUAGGUGAGUAGGUGGGUAGGUGAGUAGGUGGGUUGGUGAGUAGGUGGGUAGGUAGUUAGGUGGGCAGGUUGUUACUAUGCAAAUAUAGAUGUGAUUUAGUAGAAAUUAAUUAUCUGAAAUUCAUAACUUUGGCGGAAGACGUCAGAAAAAAGAAAAUGUUCAAAUUGAGGAGGAGACAAGUCAAGAAGUUGGCUGGGAUCGUCUUCGUGGCCGCUUCGUUUUACAUCUUCGUCCAAAACAUGCGAUGGACCGAGGACCUACACGACGGGGAGAGUGACAGGAAUCGAUACCGUCUCAAAAACGCACGGUCCGGGGAUUCAAAUAUCGAUCAUGCAUUCAAGGGAUUAACGGAAGUCGAAGAGGCGUUUGACACGGGAGGUUAUCCGGUGAAAGAAAUUCACGGGAGGGAAGUGAGUAAGUUGACGGGCAACUACACAGACGUGAGAGUGCCCCGGUACAUUGAGCACGGCACAGAGUGGAGUCCAGGUACAAUUAAUGGAGGUGUAAAAAUAAAUAACUAAAACAAUAUUUAAAUUAAUUAUCUUAUUUAUUUAUUUAUUUAUUAAGGCAUUUUUAUAUAGCGCUUAUCAUAAAGCUCUAAGCGCUUUACAAUUAUUAAAACAUGUAAACUAAGUAAAUACAAAUGAGACACUAGGAUAGUAACUACUAUUCUAUAGAAACAAUGAAAAUGGCUAUAAAAAGAGGACACUUUGACACUUCAGGAUUAAACCGAAACAGAAAAUUAGGUAGGGCAAGGAGGGUGCAUCACAGGUCAUAGGCGGACCUAAACAGAUGAGUUUUAAGGGACUUUUUGAAAAUGGACGAGGUUUCACUAUGACGUAUAUGGAAGGGGAGCUGGUUCCAGAACGUGGGCCCAUGGAAGCAGAAGGAGCGUUCACCGAUGGUCUUAGUUUUAGUUCUUGGGAUUGAGAGGGUUCUACUGUCAAUGGAAGAACGUAGUUGUCUUGUGGGGAUGUAAGUAAGCAACAGUUCAGAGAGAUAGACAGGAAAGUGAGGGUCAGUGAACGAGUUGAAGCAAAGAUUGGCUUUUAUUUUAUUUUAUUACUUUAUUAUUUUUUUAAUGUAUUAAUUUUAUUAUUUGUGUAUUUUAUUUUUGUAUUAUUUAUUGUAUUUAUUUAUUGAAUUACAUAAUUUUAUUUUUUUUAUUUUUUUUUUAUUUUGGUUGGGAGUAAAGGGGUGAGAUCUGACUUAACAAAUGUAAUAGUAUGCUGCAAGUGUUGAAAAUUAAGAGAGGACAUUUUGAUUUUAAAAAAUGAAAUGAAUUCCUGACACACACACACACACACACACACCCGCAGCCCCCCCCCCACAAACACUACCCGGUGGCCAACUCCAAGAUCGUAUCUCCUCUCACCUCAAAGUUUUCAUCUCGACUCCCCCAAAACUUCUCACUCCAUCACAUGGCCAAAUCAAGCACCCUGAUUGGCCGGGCUUGUUUGUCAAACUUCACGACUCUCCCUGGCCUACAGUUGUACAGGGAAUUAACAGUGUUUUAACUCCGGUCAGCAGUCUCUUAUCGAUGGUUCUCACAUUUAUAAUUGUAUCUGAGACCGCUUGUUUUAAGUGAUUUAAUUAGUCACAUAAUGAAUAGCUACAAUUCCUCACACAACCAAAUGUCUAUAGACAGAAAAGGGUUACGCAAUUGUUAGGGUUAAGUUUUUUUGUUGGUUUUGUUGGUUGUUUUUUUUUGGGUUUUUUUCUUUGACCAGGCGAGGGGGGCAAACCCUUCCUGUUUAUGGGUGGAGAUUUAAAAUGGCGGCAGAAGAGGUCAAGGAUGCAAGACUUCAGACAGUAUCACGUGGAUGUCUGGAUCAGUGACGAAAUCGCGGUACACAGAAAACUGAAAGACUUCAGAACGGAGAG